AUGUUCGGAUUCCGCAAGACCCUCGACAUCGUCACCGUCUUCCACAAGGCGAGCUCCCCCGCAUCCGUGAGGGUCGUCAACCUCCUCAAGCAGGUGUCGGCCAACGCGGCCGCCGGGGCGACCGAGGAUCAGGCCAGUGACCACAGUGUCCAGACGAACCCCAGGAAGUCCCGCGCCGACUUCGAGCUCAAUAUCACCGAAGACCCUCCCACUGCCGACCAGGUCAAGACUAUCUUGGAAUACGUCGGAAAGAGCAAGAUCCCGUCAAUCAUCAAGGGCGCCUCCACCGAGCAGGAAGCUUUGAAGAAGUUCCAGCAAAACGCUGAAGUCUUCCAAAGACCCGUGACUGUGGACUGGAACAACGGCAAUGCUGUCUCCGGUGAGAGCGAAUCUGAGAUUCUCAAGAUGCUCAAUGCAUUGAGCAGCGAGAAAAGCUGA